AUGGAACAAACAAAACCACAACGACGAACAAUUAUUUUUGAUUAUUGGAAUGUUAACAAGAAAUUGAAGUUAAUAGAAGAGUCAAAGAGUUCAUCAAGACAAUCUGUUACACUUAUUGAAGAUCUUUCAAAUGAAAUUUUUUAUGAAAUUUUCAAUCAUCUUUAUGUUUAUUAUGUGUAUAAAGCAUUUUACAAUCUUAAUAUACGUUUACAAAAUCUUCUUACGAAUUCAACACUUCCUCUAAAAAUCAAUGUUUCAUCUAUAUCGAAAUCAAUUUUUCAAAGCUUUAUGAUUCCUAUUGGUUGUUGUCGAAAUCCAAAUGAAAUUUAUCAACGCAUAUUUCGUUUGCCAGCAUUGAAGUACUGUAAAAUAUCAUUGAAAGAAUAUUCUGAUUAUUAUUCAUUGCCAACUUCAACAAAUGUAACAAGUCCUAUUGAACAUCUUGUUGUUACUCAUUAA